AUGGAGAGGGAGAAAGUGGCGAGGGUUGGGAAGCAGCCUCACUGCGCUCUGAGCUACCGAACCAAAGACCCUCCCGGCGCCGCAGGCCCGGCCUACGACCCGGAGUGGACGACCGAGCUGGAGGGCUACGGCCGCACCUGGAUGUUCUUCCCCGACGGCGACGGCGUCCCCCGCGUCGCGCUGCUGGACACGUCGGACGAGCGGUCCACGCCCAGCGUCCCCGACGAGGUGGGGCCCGAUGACGUCACAUUUUACCUGUACACCAGGGACAAGGAGCUGUCCGAGGUGGUCGACGUGGAGGACCCGGACACCUUGUGGCAGUCCUCUUUCGACCCGAAGCGGCCCACCAGGAUCAUCACGCACGGAUGGAAGUCCUCUGCCGACGCGGACAUCGUGCAGCUCCUCAGGAAGGCGUACCUCGAGAAGGAGGACUGCAACGUGAUUGGGGUUGACUGGUCGGGCCUCGCCAGCAGCAACUUCUACCCGUGGGCCAAGUCCUACACCAACCCCGUGGGCAGGCGGGUGGCCACCUUGAUAAAGGAGAUGGUGGGGGCGGAGAAGUGGUCCAAGACGAGCCCCAAGGAGAAGAACAAGAACAGGAAGAAGAAGACGAAGAAGAAGACCGGGCUGGAGAAGGCGGUCACGGAGCGGGCCAAGCUCUCCGACAUCCACUUGAUCGGCCACAGCCUGGGCGCGCACCUCAUGGGCUACGCCGGCCACCACCUCACGCCGUUCAAGGUGUCCCGGAUCACAGGCCUGGACCCCGCCAUGCCGCUGUUCGAGAUCUUCCCCGGCAGGGACGGCCACCUGGACAACACGGACGCCGAGUUCGUGGACGUGAUCCACACGUGCGGCGGCGCGCUCGGCUUCCUGGACAACAUCGGCCACGCCGACUACUACCCCAACGGCGGCACGCCCAUGCAGCCGGGCUGCUGCUGCGCCGCCGAGCUCGCAGAGGCCUGCAGCCACGGCCGCUCCUACCAGUUCUUCGCCGAGUCCAUCCGCUCCAAGGACUUCGUCGGGCUGGCCUGCGAGUCCUGGGAGGGCUUCUACAACGGGUCCUGCGCGGACGGGGCCACCGCCGUCAUGGGCGAGCACACCCCGCACACCACUCGGGGCGUGUACUACUUGACCACCAACGACGAGGCGCCGUUCGCCAAGGGGAUGUGGGGCGCGCAGAAGGCGUAGUGCCGCGCGCGCCGCGCCAAGUCCAGCAACAACAAAAACAGCACGACGUCCACGAGUGCAAGCGCCGGUCAUUGUUGUUGUUUAUUUCUGCGUGUGAAAGUUGCCGAAGUAUUGUUCCACGUCGACAUCCGGGGGAAAGUUAAAGGGCUUCCAGGACGCCUCCGCGCGUCGUAGGGUCUGACCGAGCGCUCAGGGCACAGUGGGCAGA